AUGGUGAAGCUGACCAUGAUAGCGCGUGUUACUGAUGGGCUCCCGCUGGCUGAAGGUCUGGACGAUGGCCGUGAAGUCAAAGAUGUUGAAUUGUACAAACAGCAAGUCAAGGCCUUGUUCAAGAAUCUUGCCAACCGCCCGAAUGAUCCUUCAAGGAUGUCUGUCGAGACUGGUCCUUAUGUCUUCCAUUAUAUCAUCGAGGGACGAGUAUGCUACCUUACAAUGUGUGACCGUGCGUAUCCGAAGAAACUUGCCUUUCAAUAUCUUGAAGACUUGAAAAAUGAAUUUGAGCGUGUCAAUGGGCCUCAAAUCGAAACUGCUGCCAGACCCUAUGCGUUUAUCAAGUUUGAUACUUUUAUCCAGAGAACAAAGAAACUGUACCAGGACACACAUACCCAGAGGAACAUUGCAAAGUUGAACGAUGAACUGUAUGAAGUCCAUCAGAUUAUGACUCGUAAUGUGCAGGAAGUUCUUGGGGUUGGUGAAAAGCUUGACCAGGUGAGUGAAAUGUCCAGCCGACUAACAUCAGAAUCUCGAAUAUACGCUGACAAGGCUAGAGAUUUGAACAGACAGGCGUUGAUUCGGAAAUGGGCUCCAGUUGCAAUCGUGUUUGGAGUCGUUUUCCUCCUCUUUUGGGUCAAAACGAAGAUCUGGUGA